UACAACUCCAUACCUAGGUAUUGAGUGAAUGGGUUGGAGAUAGAUGGUCACCGCACAUCUGAAUUCUACAAAGUAGCUGGAUACGUCCCGAUUCUAUCAAGAGUCACUUGGCAGCUGGAGAAGCUUCAUGUGCACCCACCUGCAAGCUCUGGUUUUCUCUACACGUGGAUUACGAGUACGGAGCACAUGGAGAGCUCUGGAUCGGUACAUAGAUACCUUCGUACAGCGCCAGUAUCAGAACACAUCCCAUGGAAAACAUGGCACUCAAAGUUAAUAUUCCUUGAAUUAAGGAAUGACUCUAGAAUACGUAUGCUUGUAUCGCUUUGAAAAAGUCAACUCACAAAGUUUUCUUCUCUAGCAAACCUGUUGUUGUCCCUGUCGCACGUGCGAUCCGCGGCAUCCAUCACCACCUGCACCUGCAUCAACCCCCUCGGACUUCACCCAAUCUACAGUACCAAGCUCACCUCCGCGCAAACAUCUUCUGAUAUAGAACUCGGGCCAGUCAAGAUGUUCUAACGGCCAAACUCUUGGAAUAGCCCAUUCAUCUGAAUACGAGUACAACCCCAAACAGGCCGGAGCUGGUCUUAGUCACAAAUUACCGAGGCAACUACUGAUAGACCAAUUACCAUUCCAUUGAGCAAGCGCAACUAGGAAGCUAGGAAAGAAAGAACAUCACCUCCUCUCCCAAGACCCAACCAACUCCCCUCGCCCCUCCUUCCAAAUGGCAGACCAUAUCACCUCCAAGCUCAAUCAAGAUACCCAUUUGAUCUUGGUAAUACACCAUUUGUCAUUCCCACAUACAGUCCAGAUACUAACCCACUCUCCUAAUCCAGGACCAACCCCUCAUUCGUCUCCCCUUCGAACUUCUUCGAAAAAACUUCAAAGUAGCACAUUUCACCGUCGAAAAAGAAGGCUCUGCGGUGAAGACUGCCGUCCGAGAAACCGCAAAUGCCUCUCUGACCGCCAGUUCCUCGCCCGAUGAGGUACUCAAGAAUGUCGAUUCCAUGCUGGCCCGUAUGAAAGGCCUCAAACGCAAACUUGCAGCAUGUCAAGAGGAGGAGACAAGAUUACAGCAACAGUCCGUCAGUAGGAUAAGGCACUUGGCGCAACUUUACGAAAUGCAGAGUCUGGACGAUGUGAAAUACGAGGAAUGGAGUCGGACACGACUUGAUCGUUUACUGGUCGACUAUCUGCUACGACACGGAUACAAGGAGAGUGCUUCCGCACUAUCAAAAGAGAAGGGAAUUGAGGACCUGGUGGAUGUGGAAACCUUUGUCCAGAUGAGUAAGAUUCGUGAAAGUUUACGAAAUCAGAGGGUCAACGAAGCGUUGGCUUGGUGUGCGGAGAACAAGAAGGAGCUGCGGAAGAUGGAGGUUUGUUCUCCUCACUACAUCUGUUCCUGAAGAAGUGCUAACCGUUUCUACCAGAGUAAACUAGAAUUUAUGCUCCGCUUUCAACAGUAUAUCGAGCUCGUACGAACCCAAGAACAAUCCAAACUCCUCGAAUCAAUAGCACAUGCGAAAAAAUAUCUCCUCCCAUUCAAAGAUCUCUAUCCAAAAGAAGUCCAGCAAGCCUGUGGAUUACUUGCUUUCCCACCCGGAACGCGAGCAGAGGCCUACAGUGAAAUCUACAGUCCGCAUCGCUGGACAAUCCUCGCAAAUCUCUUUAUGCAAACCCACAACACCCUCUUAGCCCUCCCACCCGUACCACUUCUCCACAUAGCACUAUCCGCCGGGCUGUCAGCCUUGAAAACGCCAUCUUGCCACUCCUCCCACCUCUCCUCCUCCAUCUCACCCACAUCCUCAUCUUGUAUCACCACCUCCGUCUGUCCCAUCUGCUCCACGGAACUGAACGAUCUCGCACGUAACGUUCCAUAUGCCAACCAUACCAAGUCUCACGUUGAGAGCGAUCUUGUGAUGUUGCCCAAUAGGCGUGUGUAUGCGACACAGAGGCUGGAAGAAUAUAGCCGGAAAGCUGGGUUGGCGGAUGGGAUGAUCAAGGAUCUGAGGACCGGGGAGGUCUUUAAGAUGGAGAAUACAAAGAAAGUGUAUAUUUCCUAGAUAGAGGAAGGAUGAUGUAUUUGAAUACACUCUUCCUUUUUUCGCACGUGUCUUUAUUUUCUUUUCUCCUGUGGAUUCUUGUGGUGUUGGGUUGCUUAUUAACUUCCUCCUUUUUUUUUCGUCUGUCACGAUCAAGAAGAAUCCCGGGAAAGGAUGCACAAGAAGAGAAUUAGCAGGAACUAACGUCCUAUCCGAGAAAUGUAAACAUUGCCUUGCCAGGGAACACAACUCGUCAAUACAUGC